AUGUUAAAACUAGCUGAUAACUUUUCUACCUUUAAUCAACGCUUAAAAUAUGCGCAUUUUCAUCCACAUGUUUCCGUGAAAUCUGAUCCUCGUUCUUGGUGGAAGUAUGCUUAUAGAGCUGUAUCUGACAAAGUGAAGAAGGGAAGACUGUUAUUUCUCUGUUCUUCAUCAAUUAAAUUGAUUAGUAUAUUUUCACUGUUAGUUGGAAGAUAUGCAGCUGUUGUUGACAUGAACCAGAUUGAUGUAGGUGAGUGGGAAUUAAAGUCUUCUUUCUUGAAAGCUAUAUUUCUUCUUUCCUUGAACCAUAAGCAUUUAUUUUUUCCGUACAAAAGUAUUUUCUUCUCUUAUAAGUCGACACUGGUUUGCCCAGCAUGUGGAAAGAUUUCAAUCACUUUUGAUCCCUUCAUUUAUUUGUCGUUACCGCUACCUUCAACUGCAACUCGGCAAAUAACCGUGACUGUGUUUUACGACGAUGGAAGUGGUCUUCCUAUGCUAUACACUGUUAGUUUGCUAAAGCAAGGUUGCUGUAAAGAUCUUAGUGAACAACUAAGUAAUGCUUGUUGCUUGAAUGCUGAUGAGAUUCUUCUGCUUGCAGAGGUUUAUGAACAUAAGAUUUUUCGAUAUUUGGAAAACCCCUCAGAGCUAUUGGCUCCAAUUAAGGAGGAUGACCACUUAUAGACUUUCUAAAAACGUCAUGGGAAGAUCCAGAGUU